ACCGGUAGAUGUGUACUCCUACCCCCUCCCUGUCCACCAACCGAACACUAUGUCGAGUGUGGAAACCGGUGUCUGGAGUCCUAUGCGGGUAAAGAAAACCCUUUGGCGUGCAAUAGAAAGGACUGUGAGUUCGGGUGCUUUUGUCGGGAAGGCUUCGUGAGGCUAAGUAAUGGCAUUUGUGUCCCGAUGUGUCCGUUUGGGGAGAUGUUUAGUGAAUGUGGGAACCGGUGUAUGGAAACUAUUGCCCACUUUUAUCAUAAAAAUGCCCUCAACUGUAAUCCACAGCAUUGCGACGUCGGAUGCUUUUGUGAGCCGGGAUUACAUCGAGACAGUGAUGGCUUCUGUAGUGUUCCCCCACCGCCCACAACCACUGGCUGUCCAGUGCCCACUACCACUGCCUGUCCAACGCCCACUACCACUACACCUCCUCCUAAACCAACGCCUCCCCCCUGUGCUCCACAUGAAGAGUACAUAGAGUGCGGGAAUCGAUGUCUAGAAGCAAUGGGUAGUAUAGAAAAUCCGUCGGUUUGUGCGCCCACUCAACAUGACUGUCACGUCGGAUGCUUUUGUAUCGAUGGUUAUUACAGAGACAGUGAUGGUGUCUGUGCUGUACCGCCUAAACCCAAAUGCAAACCUCCCUGUCCUCGCAAUGAAGGCCGUAGUGAAUGCGGCAACAGAUGUAUGGAAUCGUUUGAGAAUAAACUCUUCAAACGUGUUAUUUGUGAUCCAAACCAUUGUGACUCUGGGUGUUUCUGUUUGCCACCACUCUAUCGCAAUUAUGAGGGCCAGUGCGUUCCGUACCCACCUCCCUGUCCAAGUCGUGAAAAAUUCAGUGAAUGUGGUAAUAGAUGUAUGGAAUCGUUGGAAAUUAAGAAACACAACCGAUUAUCAUGUGAUCCCAAUGAGUGUGAUGUCGGUUGCUUUUGUUUACCACCAUUUUAUCGUAACAAAAGAGGUCUGUGCGUCAAAUAUAGACCCCACUGUCCACCCAGGGAGGGGUAUAGUGAAUGUGGUAAUAGGUGUAUGGAGUCGUUUGAAAAUAAAAUCCAUAGGCGAGCUAAAUGUGAUGUUAACCAUUGCGAUGCCGGAUGUUUCUGUUUGCCCCCACUGUUCCGCAAUAAGGAGGGACAAUGUGUCGAAUACCCGCCUCCCUGUCCACCUAAAGAGGCAUUUACUACAUGCGGGAGUAGAUGUAUGGAGUCAUUAACCAAUCGACUAAAUAAUGAGAGAUGCGAUCCAAGUGUCUGUGAUAUCGGAUGCUUCUGCAAACCCGACCUUUUUAGGGAUGAGUCGGGCAGUUGUGUUGAACCGCCGCCGCCCACCACAACCCCUCCGCCCACUACUACUCUGGAGUGCCCUCAGGGCGAGGAGAUGACUGAUUGUGGGAACAGAUGUCUUGAAUUACUCGAGAACAAAGACAAGUCAUCUGAAUGUGUCCUUGACGUGUGUGAGCAAGGUUGUUUCUGUAUGAAUGGCAUGUAUCGCAACAAGAAGGGUAAAUGUGUGGAACCGCCCACAGAGGCCUGUCUAAUACCGGAGCGCAAGUGUCGGCCGGAAGAGGAGUGGAGUGGCUGUAAGAGUCGGUGCCGAGAGAUGUGUGUCAACCGAAACCAGGCGUACGUCUGUCCGCUCAACCGGUGCGACGUCGGCUGCUUUUGCGAGGAGGGGCUGUAUAGAGACGCCGAGGGGUUCUGUGUUCCGCCGCAUGCGUGCGAAGAAUUAACCACAACUCCGUGUCCACUCCCACCCGCACCCAAAUGCCCGGCCGGUGAGGUGUUCCGGGAGUGCGCGAGUCGUUGCGCCGAAUACUGUCAUAACGCGAACGACCCGUCCUUCUGUCCGCCCAAAGUGUGCGAAACGGGCUGUUUCUGCGAGAGGGGCACCUAUAGAAACGAUAGGGGGGUCUGUGUUCCCAAACACGAGUGCGAUAUACUGAUGCUCACACCGAAGCCCAUGUUAGUGUGCGCUACGAAUGAGAAGUUUUCGAGUUGUGGGACCCGGUGUCAGGAGUAUUGUGAGGGCCAGCGACCCGACAACGAGCAGUGCACCGGUAGUGCCUCGUGUGAGUUCGGGUGCUUCUGCGCCCUCGGAUUCAAGAGGACUAAGUCGGAUGAAUGCGUUCCCGACGGUGAGUGCAAUGGGGGCCCUCCCAGGGAUAAGGAUCAGGAGGAAAAUGAAGCCGUUGACAAAAGUCGUGUCCCAACUGAUGAGGACAUGGAGGAGAGCGCCAGUAUUGAUCGGUCCAGGAAGAAAUCACUUAAUUAUGUGGACAAAAAGUCUUGUGGUUUGCAUGAAGAGUACAAAGAGUGUGGACACGAAUGCGGAAAAACAUGUGUUGACUACCAGACGAGGGUUCAGUGCGGGCAUCAGGGCUGCAAAGAGGGCUGUUUCUGUGUUAGCGGUAAAUAUAGUUUUGUUAAUUAA